AUGUCUAAUAGUGUUAGGAUCAGUUCGCCAAAAGACACAGAUGAUGCGCCUUCUGAAAGGCCUCUUCGCCGAUCUUCCCGGCGGGCCGCAUCCACCAACGCUGUCAAAGCUUCAGAAGCAUCCCUAGAAACCUCAUCUACCAGUAGCUUGAACGAACGACGACGAAAUCCUAAGCGCAAGGCGGCCGAGGCUGCAACAGAGUCAUUGAAUUUGCCCGACAAUAUGUUAGAUGAAGCGCUACGACCUCUCACAUCAACGGAUAUUGAGGAGUGGGAGGGCUGGGUUGAGCUUGAAUCUGAACCGGCGUUCUUCAAUACUAUUCUACAAGACCUAGGGGUUAAAGAUGUGAAGGUGCAAGAACUCUUCAGCAUUGACCAAAGCUGGCUAGACACGCUCCUGAAACCGAUAUACGGCUUGAUAUUCCUAUUCCAGUAUACCCCUGAUGUAGACGAAGGUGAGGGGGGAGAUGAGACAGGUUCACUGUGGUUCGCCAACCAGACGACUAAUAAUGCCUGUGCUACAUUUGCUUUACUCAACAUCGUCAUGAACGCCCCAAACAUUGAACUGGGCGACAAGCUUCGAGAAUUCAAGGAGGAAACCAAGGAUCUCAACACCGUUCUCCGAGGGCACGAAGUCGGUAACAACAAGUUUAUGAGAAGCAUCCAUAAUUCCUUUACCAGGCGCAUGGACCAUCUUAAUGUCGAUCUCUGCCUAGAAAAUGCCGUAUCAGAGAAGAAGUCUAAAAGGGCAAAGACAAGGGCAAAGACAAGGUCCAAAGCCGCAAAGAAAUCCAGUAAGAAGAAAAAGGUGGACGAUUCAUAUGGAUUUCAUUUUAUUGCCUAUGUUCCAGUAGAUGGGUACGUCUGGGAGCUGGAUGGGCUUCGGAGCAAGCCCCAUCGAAUAGGCCCAAUUGACGCCCACGCGACCUGCUGGACAAACAUCGCAAGACCCCAGAUUGAGGGUCGAAUAUUGCAAUAUGAGGAGAGCCAGAUAGCCUUCAAUCUCCUCGCUCUCUGCCAACGCCCUGUGGCGCUGCAUUCUCGCUCCAUCACGCAAGCAGCCGCAUCCAUCCGCCUCCUGAAAGAUCAAAUGAAGGACAAUUCAGAAUUCGCAGAUUUGAUCAACGGCCAAUUACCGGUCUUGGAAAACGCAGCCGAUCUGUCCGAGUUCAAUCUCCUGCCAUCCGAUGUCGAGAACGCAACGUUACCAAAGGAUAUACGGAGCGAAAUAUCAUCCGCUGCGAAUAAUCUCGACGAAGCUCAUGAUCUGUAUCAGCGACUCGUCGUCGACCUGAAGGUCGCCAUUGGAGAACAUAGGGCCGAGAUGAUUUCCCUCGGUGUAGAUGAGCAACGGGUCAAAGAUCGCAAAAAGGAUUACGGCCAGGCUUUGCACAGAUGGGUGCAGAAACUCGCCGAGAAAGGCGUACUUGAAGAUAUUAUCGAGAAUUCCUGA